AUGGAACGGCCAAAGACGCCACCACGGGCAACCCAGCCUGCACCCGUUGUGUCUCCUCCCACACCAGCAGUGACUCGCAGGAUUGAAGAGAACCGUCUGCGCGCCAAAGCAAUCCGUGACCAGCAUGAACAAGCUCGUCUGGCGUCCGGCGCGCCCGGUCUCGACAAGACCCCCUCCGGCUUCAUCGCCACCGACAACGUCCACAUUCCCAACUCGCGCAAACGCACACAUGCCGAUAUAUCGUCGUCGUCGUCCUCCUCCAAGGCUCACGGCCCCGACACGGUCCGCGACGCCAGGCAAAACCCGAGCGACGACGCGGCGCCCAAGUCGCUGCGGCCGGCACGCAACUUUACAAAGUUUGUCGACUACGACAUGUCGGCCAUGACCGACACAAGAGGCGGCUUCCUCUCCCUCGACGACGACCCGUCGAACCCGGCGCUCGCGCCGCGGCCGAAGCCCGGCCAGCCGGCGCCGCCCGAGCGGCCGCAGGGCAUGACGGCCGGCGAGUGGGAGCGCCUGCAGACGCUGCGCGCGCUGCAGCGCACCAAGGCGGGGCCGUUCGAGCCGUCGCUCUCGGUGCUCCGCGACGCGUCGGUGCGCGCGGCGCAAAAGUGCCGCGAGUGCGCCUCGCCCGAGAUCGACCACGUCUGGGCCGAGGUCUUCGGCCUCUGCGUCUGCGCGCCCUGCAAGGACCGCCACGCCCACCGCUACUCGCUCCUCACCAAGACGGAGUGCCGCGAGGACUACCUCCUCACCGAGGGCGAGCUGCGCGACGCCGACCUGCUGCCCCACCUCAACAAGCCGAACCCGCACAAGAGCCACUGGCACGACAUGAUGCUGUUCCUGCGUUGCCAGGUCGAGGACUAUGCCUUCAACACAAAGUGGGGCAGCGAGGAGAAGCUCGAUGCCGAGUUUGCGCGCCGCGAGGACGAGAAGCGCGCGCGGAAGGAGAAGAAGUUCAAGGAGAAGCUGACGGACCUCAAGAGGAAGACGAGGACCGAGGCCUUCCGCAGGCAGGCCGCCAAGGGGGCCGCCGGUGGUCCGACCAAGUUUGGCGAUGCCGUGUCGGGCGGCAAGCAUGUGCAUGAGUGGGGACGCACGGUUGAGAACGAAGAGGGCAUGACGGUCAAGACGUGUGUCGGGUGCGGCAUGGAGGUGGAGGAAUUGGAGUUUUGA